UGUUGUUGUCUGGACAGAGGCGGAGGUCGCUCGCUGGUUCGCUCGGUCGCCAGGGCGAUCUGUGGCGGUCGGCCAGCAGGUCGGUCGCGGACGUCUGCGUUGUGCAGGGGGCCGAGGCUAUGUCGCGGUGGCAGCCCGGAUGGGCCGGCAAGGCCGGGAGUAACGGGACGUCUUCGCGGAGCUUCUUCCCCCGGAUAUUGUGCGGUCCGAGCGGAGGCCGCUGCGCCGUCCUGCGGUCCUGAGGAGCCUGCGCUGCCCAGUGCCCCCACGACGCUCUCUCCGGUAUUAACACCAACAGACCCGACACAGCUGGACCUAGCCCAGCCCAAAUAGGAGGGUGCAGGCAAAACCCAGGGCCAGAGACCCACGCCUGGCCUCCAGCCCUCAGGUGCCACUAGCCCCCCUGGAUCAGAGCCCCCUCAAAGGAGCAUGAAGCUGUUGGAGAACUCAAGCUUCGAGGCCAUCAACUCGCAGCUGACUGUGGAGACAGGUGAUGCUCACAUCAUUGGCAGGAUCGAGAGCUACUCCUGUAAGAUGGCAGGGGACGACAAGCACAUGUUCAAACAGUUCUGCCAGGAGGGCCAGCCCCAUGUGCUGGAGGCGCUGUCCCCGCCGCAGACUUCUGGUCUCAGUCCCAGCAGCAGACUUAGUAAGAGCCAGGGUGGUGAGGAUGAAGGUCCCCUGAGCGACAAGUGCAGCCGCAAGACGCUCUUCUACUUGAUUGCCACGCUCAACGAGUCCUUCCGGCCUGACUACGACUUCAGCGCUGCCCGGAGCCACGAGUUCAGCCGAGAACCCAGCCUCAGUUGGGUGGUGAAUGCUGUCAACUGUAGUCUGUUCUCUGCCGUGCGGGAGGACUUCCGGGCCCUGAAGCCGCAGCUGUGGAACGCGGUGGACGAGGAGAUCUGCCUGGCCGAAUGCGACAUCUACAGCUAUAACCCAGACUUGGACUCAGACCCCUUUGGGGAGGAUGGCAGCCUCUGGUCCUUCAACUACUUCUUCUACAACAAGCGCCUCAAGCGGAUUGUCUUCUUUAGCUGCCGCUCCAUCAGUGGCUCCACCUACACCCGUUCGGAGGCAGGCAAUGAACUGGACAUGGAGCUGGAGGAGGAGGAGGAGGAGGAGAAUAGAGGCAGAGGCAGUGAGGGUGGGCCCGAGGAGACCAGUGCCAUUGAGGAGGACAGGGUCCAGGUGAUCUGUAUGUGAGCAGAAGAAGCGGAGCCCCAGUUUCACCCAGCUUCUAUGGAUGUCCGGACCUACCUGCCCGAGGGCCCAGCGCCUCCCUCAGCUGCUGGCCCUUUGGUUCCAACCUUUGACCGUCCCCUCACCCUCACACUCCCCUCAUGCCCACCCUGUGGCUGGCGAGGACAGCACGGGGCCUGGUGGAAGGGCCACUGCCCUGCCCAAACGAACUGCCACGGAGCAGGGACAGCUGGACCAUAGAGUUUAUUUUUCUAUUUUGACUGAGGCAAGGCCUGGGCCUUCACACUCCGCCCGAAGAGCCCACUGCCCAGACCCGGCCCCAGGCCCCAGCGGACCUCUGUACUGGGCUUGGGCCAGCCAGCCUGGCCCCCACCUUGCCCAUCAGGACACGUGCACUGAGUGUCACUUUGCUGCAGCUCGUUUGUUUCCAAUAAAAGUUUCCGUGAUUUA